CCUUGCUGUUGUCGUCUUGCUCCGUCUUGAGAAGUUUUGUGUUUCAUAUAUCGCAAGUGUGGUAAGAACAGGUCGUAGGCGAUAAGAUACAGCUUGGGAAACAAAGGAAACAAGUCAGAAGGAAGGUUCAUAAAUAAACAGGUUCUUACAUGGAUGGAUGAUUGUUCUGAACAAGAAGGGCAAGGGGUAACCCGUGGAAAAAGAAACAAAGUACAAGGAAAAAGGAAAGGAUCAACCAAUCAAACCACUUCUAAGGAAGUGGAUAACAAGAGAUCUAAACCCAGCCAUCAAAGGCGAUCAUCUCUGACACAAAGAAGUCAGUCUACUGUAACCUGCACAUACAAUUUAAGGUCACGUAGUGCAUCAACAAGCCCUCGUUCUAGUACAAGUGAUUGUUCAACUCACAGUGGUCAACCAACCCAAGAAAAGCAGGAAGCUUAUAGGAAGCCUACGGCUGUGCCUUCAUUUGCUGCAGCUUUCAGCAAAUCAAGGCAAUCCCAGCCUUCUUUGACGGUCAUUGGUAAUUUGGUGACAUCUCAACCCUCUACUCUCCAUCUGAGCAAUCCCUCAUCAUCAGCCAUUGGUAACUUAUCCUCCUCAUCCAAGUCUUCCUCUCGUGGAAGACGCUCUGCGUCAUCAUCGUCAUUAUCUGAUAAGUCUGCUGGACCAAGCCAAUCUGCAUCCCGAACUACCUGUGCACCAUCACGAAGUUGGAGAAGGAGUGACCCGCCUGAGCCUAGUACAGGCUUAAGGCGGUCACAGAGAUUAAAAGAGACAACGGGAUCUUGUGCCAGCAACAGUCGGCGUGGGCCAGGAAAGAAGCAGUCGUGGACACGCCGACAAUCACCCAGCAUGUCAGCUGACAAUGCUCCCCAGGAACCAGGAUCUUUAGAUGGAGCUCACGGAACUGCUGAGGAUUCUGCUCCUUCUGCUAGUGGUGAAGCCUCCAGAAGUGAAUUGGAGGGUUCUGGCAGCCUUGAAGAUAUGGAGCUAAAAGAUGGCGAGUUAUCAAGAUUACAAGCCCUCCUGGAGGCAAGGGGUGUUCCUUCUCAUCUCAUUGGUUCAUUAGGACCACGGAUGCAUCAGCUGUUGCACCGAACUAUCAGUUCUGGUUCAGGUGGUAAAGUUCAACAGAUGUUGGCAGGAAUCCAAUCAUCUGAUGAAGGACAGCAGCUUCAAUCUGUGAUUGAAAUGUGCCAGUUUUUAGUAAUGGGUAAUGAAGAGAGUUUAGUGGGAUUUCCUGUGAAACAAGUUGUACCUGCACUUGUACACUUACUUUCAAUGGAGCAUAACUUUGAUAUGAUGAAUCAUGGCUGUCGUGCCCUAACCUAUCUCAUGGAAGCUCUUCCCAGAUCAACAGCUGUAGUAGUAGAAGCAGUACCUGUGUUUAUAGAAAAACUACAAGUGAUACAGUGUAUGGAUGUUGCAGAGCAAGCUCUCACUGCCUUAGCAAUGUUAUCCAGAAGACAUGGAAAAGCUAUCUUGCAAGCUGGAGGAAUGUCAGCUUGUCUUCUGUACUUGGAUUUCUUUUCAAUAUCUGCUCAGAGGUCAGCAUUAUCUGUUGCAGCCAAUUGUUGUCACAGCAUUGGUGUGGGUGACUUUCAUCUUGUUGCAGAUUCCAUUCCAGUUUUAAGUGGAAGGUUACAGCACCAGGAUAAAAAGUCUGUAGAGAGUUGUUGUGUGGCAUUCGCUAGACUGGUGGAUAGCUUUCAGUCUAAUGAGAAACAUCUGGAAGAACUGGCUGCCCAUGGUCUGCUUAAUAACUUGCAGCAGUUGCUCAUGAUGGCCCCUCCAGUAAUAAGUACAAGCACCUUUGUAAUGGUGGUGCGAAUGUUGGCCAUGUUGUGUUCCAACAGUCCAGUAAUAGCUGUGCAGCUUCUGAAACAAAAUGUGUCAGAUACAAUUUUGUAUUUAUUACUGGGCACCACAGAACCAGGGGAGGUAGAGAAUGCUGAGUUGCUGUCAAGAAGCCCUCAAGAGUUUUUUGAAAUAACUUCUUUUAUCAGUGAACUUCUACCAAAUUUGCCAUCAGAUGGGAUCUUCUUGGUUGAUGCUCUACUGUGCAAACCACAGCAGAAGGCUGAACAAGGACUGUGGCAGUGGAGAGAUGAUAGGGGACUGUGGCACACAUACUCAUGGAUUGACAGCAAGAUUAUUGAGGCUGCAUACCAAAGUGGAGAGGAUGAACUUACUCUCACCACACUUGGAAGAACAUACACUGUUGACUUUAACAGCAUGCAGCAGACAAAUGAAGACACAGGUACAUCAAGACAGAUACAGCGAUGUCCAGGAGGGAGUGAGACAUCUACAGCCCAAUCCAAGACAGAGGAAACAAAAAUCACCAAGAGUGAUGAACGUUUAGUUGUUUUAUGUGAAGAUGCCAAGCUGGCUUCAUCGUACACUUGUGUUAUGUUUUCUGCUUUAUACAAGAUAUUCAGCUCUUCUGUUGGACCUGCAGUGAGACACAAAUGUGUGAAUGCUAUAUUGAGGGUGUUGUGUCAUGCCCCUCCUGAUCUGCUGGGUGUGGUUCUUAAAAGACACCCCAUCUCCAGCUUAAUAGGGGGAAUGCUUCAAUCAAAUGACUUGAGAGUCAUAACUAAUGCUCUUCAAAUGGCUGAAAUUGUCAUGCAAAAACUGCCAGAUGUUUUUCAUGUAUCAUUCAGAAGGGAAGGAGUGAUGCACAGAGUUAGAGACUUGGCCAAUGGGCUUUUGGCUACUAAAUCAAAGUUAUCAGAUAAGAACUGCUCAUCAGAGUGUCUGGUAGAUACUUGUGAAAUUGAGAGCCCUGGACAGAGAGCUACAGAAAAUUCACAGUCACUACCAGUUACCAGGAGGCUGGGAGAUGUGUUGCGAAGGAAACGUUAUUCAAAAAGGCCUGGCAGGGGAAAGGCCAGUAGUUUUCCCAGCACAUCAGAAGCACAUGUUGAGAUAAACAGAGACCAAAUUGGUUUUCCUUCUUCAAGGACAAUGCUUCACGACAGCAGGGCUGCUUUCCUGGCCUCUCAAGUAUCGACCAGACUGAAUUCCAAAUCUGCAGUUCUUUCGGAGCGACCAGCAAAGCUGGAGACAUCUGUUGCAAGCAGUCUUUCAGAAAACAGAGAGAAGAUUUUGGCUUGGAUUAAAGAUCAAGCAACCAAGUUCUGUGAAGAGUACUUUGAUCAACAGAAGGGAGACUCUCAUCCUGCACUUAGUGUACUUCGACAGUUAAAGAGUGCGUCAGAGGAACUGGCUUUAGAUAGAGAAACAUUUCUUCCAGCACUGGAGGAAGUCUCUGCUGUGCUGACUAAUGAAGACAACAGUGCAUGUGCAUUUGAGAUCCUCCACAGUGGAUUGGUACCAAAUCUUCUCAGAUAUAUAACAUCUACAGAAGUUAGUGAUGCCCUUCCUCAAGAAAAGCGGCUCAGAAUAUUUUUCCAUGUUUUUAUGGGACUUCCAGAGAAAAGCUCACCUGGAGAUUUGAAAAUCACGACUGAACCCAAUGUAGCGCCUAUGGCUGCCCUGAUACAGAAACUUCACUUGUGCAUCAACCAGUUGGAACAGCUCCCGGUCAAAGUUCAUGAUACACCAGGAGGAGCAGUUGGAGCAAGGGGGUCUCAAGCUUUAAGAUUUUUCAGCUCUCACCAAAUCAAGUGCCUUCUACAAAGACACCCAGACUGUGAAGGGUUACGACAGUGGAAACGUGGACCUGUAAAGAUUGAUCCACUUGCUCUUGUUCAGGCCAUUGAGAGAUAUCUUGUUGUUCGGGGAUACGGAAAGAAACGAGAGAAUCCAGAUGACGAUGGCAGUGAGGAUGACGGAUCUGAUGAUGACAUUGACGAGUCUUUGGCAACUGAACUGCAAGGUCAAAACAACUCAAGGCAUCAACUGGAGAUUUUAUUGGGAGACCAUCUUCUUCCUUACAACAUGACAGUUUAUCAGGCUAUCAAGCAGUAUGCUCAGUGUGAUGAGGACAAAGACUUUGAUGAUGAUCACGGUGGCAUCCUUGGCAGACCCAGUAUCUGGGUCUCUACCCAUACAAUAUGGUUUCGACCUCUCAGCCAAAACCAAAAGGAGCAGCAAACUGUCAAUAGUAGUAAAUCUAAGUCUGGGGCCAGCGGAACAGCUUCACGAACCUCCAGGAAAACAUGGAAAGAAGAUGAGUCUGAAAAUGAAAUGUCUCUUGGUCAGCUCCUCUUGGUUUGUGAACCUGGAAGCUUUGUAACUUCAGAUCCUAGUGUGGAAGUGAUAAGUCUUAUGAAAGCUCUUCAUGUUCUUAAUUAUCACUGGACAACGCUUUAUGAGGGGCAAACCCGUAAAGCGUUCUUGUCUUCAAGUGAAUUUAUAAACAAUAAACUUGCAGCAAAAAUUACGCGGCAGUUACAAGAUCCUAUCACAGUAAUAACUGGGAAUUUUCCUGCUUGGGUAGAAGAACUUCCUCGAAAAUGCCCAUUUCUGUUUCCUUUUGAGUGUCGGCAGCAGUUAUUUUAUUGCACUGCAAUGGAUAGAGACAGGGCUCUUAGCAAACUUCAGGAAACAUUACCGGAGCUCAUGAAUACUGACGCAUCAGAUCGUGUUGCACCGAGAUUUGAUAGGAAAAAGCACACUGUAUCUCGAGUGGGUCUUCUGGACCAAGCAGAGAAGUUGAUAGGUGAUCUUGGUAGCUCACAGUCUGUACUAGAAAUACAAUACGAAGGCGAGGUUGGGACUGGCCUUGGCCCCACUUUGGAAUUUUAUGCUCUUAUUUCUCAAGAAUUCCAACGUGCAGACCUGGAGAUGUGGAGAGGAGAAAGUAUGCGGCCUUCAGGAGGAACUGGACCUGUUGAAGACGUGUCAUAUGUUUACUCCCCAACUGGCCUGUAUCCAGCCCCAGUUUCACGCACUGCUAAAGCCGCGAAUGUGUCAAAGCUCUGCUCCAAGUACCAGUUCCUGGGUAAAUUCUUGGCUCGUGCUAUCAUGGACUUUAGAAUCCUCGACAUUCCCUUCUGCCCCAUACUAUACAAAUGGCUUCUCAAUCAAGAAGGCACGCUAGACCUGGGUGAUCUGGCUGCUGUAGACUCAGUCUUGGCUCAGUCGCUGACCCAGCUGCAACAGGUGGCACAGAGAAAAAAACAGCUAGAGCAAGACUCCUCUCAUACUUCAGACAGUAGGCAGCUAGCUGUUGACAGUCUUACCUUGGAUGAUGUACCCAUCGAGGAUUUGGGUCUGUCCUUUACUCUGCCAGGCCAUCCUGAUUUUGAACUUAAGCGCGGUGGAAAAGACAUGACAGUCACAAUUCAUGAACUGGAGGAAUACAUCAGGCUGGUAGUACAGUGGACUCUUGUGUCAGGUGUGAAACGCCAGAUAGAUGCACUCCGUGAAGGCUUUAACUCUGUGCUGCCUCUAUCAAAUCUUGCCAGUUUUUCAUACACUGAGAUGGAGCUGGUUCUUUGUGGUAAUGUGGCCGAGAAGUGGGACUUGAAAUGUCUUGUGGAAAGUUGCAGACCUGACCAUGGCUAUACUCAUGACAGUCGUGCGGUGAAGAUUCUGUUCGAGAUACUCAGUGGUUACACACAGGAAGAGCAGAGGCUAUUUUUACAGUUUGUCACAGGCAGCCCAAGGUUACCAGUGGGAGGCCUGCGCAGUCUUAAUCCACCGCUGACCAUAGUUCGCAAGUCGUUUGAGCCUCCACUAUGUGCUGAUAACUACCUGCCGUCUGUCAUGACCUGCGUCAAUUACUUGAAACUGCCAGACUACUCCAGCAAAGAGAUCAUGGCUGGCAAGCUAAAGCUGGCUGCCUUAGAGGGACAGCGUUCAUUUCAUUUGUCUUAAGUUUGUACACACCACCCGAAGUGUACGCUCCUGUACAUUAACUGUCGUACGCGUCGAGUUGCGGCCGCUUGACGGGAUCGGAAGUGCUCUCAUCAAUUUUUUUGAAUGUUCAUGUUACCAUCAAAAAUCAUGGCUAAAAUUGACAAAUUCGUUUAAUAAAGUAAUGGUUAAAUUUUGAUAAUAAUGCUUUACUAACUAUUAAGUUCAUGUUAAAGGUCGUUGACCAACCACUUGACUCUCCUAAGUAAGACGCUUUAUUAUUGCUACAGUAAUAGAAAGACCUUAUUGCAAUAUGCAGUUUCAUUUAUGUUCUAGCUUUCUGCCUUUUUUUUUUUCCUUUUUCUUCUUUGAAUUUCUCUACUUACGGUUGAGAAUGCUAGAAUUAAUUGUUUGUAAUAUAUUUUAAAACGCCUUAUAUACAUAGCAAUUGUACAUAAACGUCACAGACUAUUUGCUCCUCAAUUUAAAUCUUGUUCAGAGCCCUCACGGUGUUUAACUGUGCCAUUAUCUCCUUCCCUUCCAUUCCCUUUUCUUUUUGUUUUAGGGAUUCUUCUUAUUUACAAUCAGUGAAAAGCAUAUUGUACACAUAUUGGAAUAAGGUCGCUUGAUAAAAAUCACUAACUUUGAUUAUUGAAUACACGUUUUAAGGAAAAGAAAUUGAACCACCGAGACUAUGCAAAUUAACAUUGUUUACUAAAAAUAUGAAAGCUGUGUACAUGAAGCAGCAGUUAAGGAUGUUCACAGCCGCUGUAAAUAAAUCGACUAUAGUUGACUUGUUUCAGUAUCA